AAAUUUCCCAUAUAUUUCAGAUCCAAUCUAAUUGAACAAACAAAAUGGGCAUCAAGUACGACAGCGUCAUCGUUUUUGGGCCCACCGGAGCCGUGGGCAGCGCGGUGGCAGUGGAGGCGGGCAAGCGUGGGGCCAAAGUAUGGCUCGCAAUGAGGGAUACCACCAAAGCAAUUCCAGGCCUCGAAGAGAGUUCGGGGAAGUUUGAGCGCGUCCAAGCAGAUCUUUCCGAUGCCGAAUCCGUCAAGCGUGCAGUCAGCCAAUCCGGAGCGAAAGCGGCUUUCUUCUACCAGGUCCGCACAAAGGAUGGAAUGAAGCUUACGAUUGGAGCAAUGAAGGAAAGCGGAAUCGAAUAUGUUGUUUUUCUGUCCUCACUUACCAUCCUUCCGGAUGAUGACAUUCGUGCCAUCACCCCCGAUAAGAUCAUACCGUUUGCUCACUCCUCUGUCGAGGUGACAAUCGAAGAUUUGGGAUUACCAUCUACGAUGUUGCGUGCCGGAGCAUUCGCACAUAAUAUCAUCUGGCAAAAUCUUGACCGAUCGUCAGAGCCAUGGAAGGCAAAAAUUCCGAUCUCAGAACGGAAAUCUGACGGCAUUGUGCAAAAAGAUAUUGGUCGUGUUGGCGGCGCAGUCUUAGUCGAACGUCCCUCUGAGUCACAGAAGGAAAUUAUUUAUCUUUAUGGCCCCGAGUUACUUACACGUGAGGAACAGCUGACCAUCAUAGAGAAAGUGUCGGGGAAGAAAAUCGAGACGGAGGUGCAAAGUUUCGAGGAAUAUGGAAAAUACAUGUUAACUAAGGGAUUCCCUGAGUUCAUUGUUAAUUACCUGCUGAAGGCUGAUAAUGGCGAUCGCAACGAUGCAUAUUAUGCAAACGGGCGUCAUGAAGAAGGUGUGGCCAACGUGAAAAAGUACUCUGGGUACGAGGCGACCACUUACGAAGGCUAUGUUCGGGAGUUCCUCACGAAAGCUGCUUAAAUUUUGCUUGUACAUUGUGCUCAUAGGUUCUGAUAGAAGCACCUUGGGUUCGUGAAGAUAACCGCACUUUGCCUGAAUUUUUCGUAAUCGUUCCUGAAUCAGAGAAUGCUGGUAUCUUGGGUUCCACCAUCGAGCAAGCCAUAAUUGUACACAUCCUCCUUAACAUAUGUCAAUGUUUGUUAGAGGCAUACUGAACUUAAAAGUUAAUCUCAGC